AUGUCAACCGUAACAGUAGUGAUCUCGUCGGAAGAAAGCGACUUGGAAGUGGUCGGCGACCCGACAUGGAACGGGAAAAAGGAAAUGACUGCGUCGGCAGUCAAGCGGUCAACAGGAGGACGGAGGUGGAUACCCGUCGGUUGUACCAAGGUGGAGGAGCGUCGCAGGAGUGACGGGCUGAUUAUGCACCAGCGGGUGAAGAAAGGCCGCCGGAGGCUGGCACUGAUGAAAUCAGCCGUGAAACUGGCGCGAGCCAGGGCCGAGCGAGCGGAGCAGGUUCGGCAACGGAACGUCCUGGAGUGGCGGCAACUCAAGCUAGACGGGCACGAACGAGCGCUAACGAUAGCCAAGGACAGGAGGGCACGGCAGCGGCGGACACGGCGUCUGGUGAAGAAGGCCAAGGAGAAGACGGCCACCAGGAGGAAGCGGGAAGCAGCAGAGGCGGCCACCAAGAGGAAGCGGGAAGCGGCAGAGGCAGCCUCCAGGAGGGAGCUGGAAGAGAAGAAGGCCAAGGAGAAGGCGGCCUCCAGGAGGGUACGAGGGGCGAGUCGAUGGCCAAAAGUACCGCCGACUCCACGACCAAGGACGGAGCCGGAAGAGAAAGUGGUGCGGCGGCCGAAGCAGGUCGAAGAACGGAGCGUAAGAGAAGCGAGUCGAUGGCCAAAAGUACCGCCGACCAAGAACGGAGCACGAGGAGGAAGAGCCAUGGACGAAGGGGUCGUGGAUAUGGCCGGCGCCGGAGAGGCCGACGUUGGGCCGACAAAUCUCAUGUCCCGAGAAGCAGUCGGAAAGACCAAUCCUGAUGCGGUCAGCGUCGGAAAGAGGCGCGACGGAGGUCCCCGAGGAGAGAUGGCCUCCGGAACUAUGCGCGAGGGUGGCAGGAGAAGUGGAGAGGACGGGACGGAAGAUGGUCCAUAA